CUGCUAAAAGCUUGAGACUUUCCUGCUGGGUUCCUCUCUCUCUCUCUCUCUCUCUUUCUCGAAUCAGCCAUGGCGAAGCACUCGGACAUGCCUUCCAUGGUUCGCCUCAACAUUGGCGGGAAGAAAUUUUGUACUACAGUCGAUACAUUGACUAACCGUGAUCCGGAUUCAAUGCUUGCUGCCAUGUUCAGUGGUCGGCAUACAGUCUGCCAGGAAUCGGAAAAGGGGUAUAUUUUCAUAGACAGGGAUGGUAAGCAUUUCCGCCAUAUUUUAAAUUGGUUACGAGAUGGUAUUGUUCCCGCUUUACCAGAGCCUGAGUACCAUGAACUUUUGCGGGAAGCAGAAUAUUAUCAGCUGCUAGGGCUGAUAGAUGGGAUAAACAACGUUGUAAGUUCAAGAAAGGAAACUGAUGAAUUUGAAGCCGAACUAGCUCGUACAGAUAUCAUUAAAUGUAUACAAUCCGAGAAAGUCAGAUUCAGAGGAGUUAAUCUUUCUGGCAUUGACCUUUCUAAGCUGGAUCUCUCCUUUGUGGACUUCAGCUAUGCCCGUCUCAAGAAUGUGUUUUUCUCUCGUGCAAAUCUUCAGUGUGCCAAAUUCCGGGACGCUGACGCCGAGGGCACCAUCUUCCACAAUGCAGUUUUACGAGAGUGUGAAUUUACUGGAGCAAAUCUUAGAGGAGCCUUGCUGGCUGGUGCCAAUCUCCAGAGUGCAAAUUUACAAGAUGCCUGCUUAGUAGAUUGUAGCUUCUGUGGUGCGGAUCUCCGAAGUGCACACUUACAGAGCGCAGACCUCACAAAUGCCAACUUGGAGGGAGCAAAUCUGGAAGGUGCCAAUCUGAAGGGUGCAAAGUUGAGUAAUGCCAAUCUGAAAGGCGCAAACCUUCAACGGGCUUACCUGCGACAUGUGAACCUGCGAGACACUCAACUGCAAGGGGCUAACCUCGGCGGGGCGAAUUUGACGGGAGCUAUCCGAUGAGUUUCUCAGAUCGACGCAGUUUGUUUUCUGGUAUCUUCCCCUCUAGGACAAGUUCGCGGCAACAAGCAUCGGAGACGGUCCCGUUCCAGAAAAUCUCUUCGACUAUAUCCAACGUACACUUUGGAGACAUUUUGGUAAGACAUUCGUCCCAUAGCUGUUUCGGCUCUCCUUCUUCAAUAGCAAAUACGGGUAUAGAAGAUGCAUAUACCACAGCUACAACGGCUAAGGCGACAACGAUCUUGAUGUUGAGUUUUGUCAUCUUUUCCGAAUGUGUUUGGAUUUGAUUAGUUUUCUAAUAUGCUAUGCUUUUGUUUUUCUUGAUAUGGGAAUUGAAGGAGUGGUAUUUAUAUAUAAUCAAUUAUAAAGGGUUAGUGACAUGUAUUAAUGAUCCUUUAAGGUCUUUUUAACUCUCGCAUCAUUUAUUGUUUGGGGAGUGUCUUUCA